UGGAACACUUGUUCACGUUAACUUCUCUAUCCUUGACUAUGAUCUAUUUUUUUCGACUUGCUAGUGACGAGUGACCUAGUGAUGUUUGUUCACUUAGUAUGGUAGAAUGGAAAUGAUUUUCUUCUUUUUCCUAAAACGUUUAUUUGCCCUGAAAUUUUGACCUGAGACAAAGACAGGCAGAUAAAAUCAUUUUUUUAUGUAAUGUUGGUGGUACUUCAGUUCUUGACAAAUCGUAAAUCGAGUUUCGGAGAUGUCAAUUUUGUUAUAACCUGUAUUAUAUAUAUAUUGAAAUAUUAUUUAUAUUUUAUAAAUUUUAAACGUAUUGUUUAGUUUUAUACGUUAAGGAUGGCGGAAACUUUACCUUCUGCCAUAGAGCAAGAGUUACUAGGAAUAAAAAAUUUACUGUGGGGUAAUGAAAUCAAACCUGAUAUUUUUAAAAGAUGGUCCCAAGGGUUCUACUUUAGUUCAAAUGAGAAGAGUGCUCUGGAACAAGCAGAAGGUGGUCCCUGUGCUAUACUGGCCCCAGUUGAGGCAUUUAUCAUCAAAAACCUGCUCCUAGAGUUCAAAGAUUUGUCUUUUAGAGACAAGAUAAAUGAAGAUAUUCAAAACCGAUCUCUAGUGAAUGCCCUCUGUGAGAUACUAGGACAGUGCAACACAAAAAAGUAUUACAUAGUUUAUUUAGAUAGUGACCUUAGUGAACCUGUUAGCAAGACUGAUUUGAAUGGUGAUAACACAUCUACCGCAACCCCUCUUGUGAUAGAUCCAUGUCGGUUUCACAAUGAGAUCAAAGUACACAACUUCCAGUGUUUAGAAGCUGUUAAUAAGUAUUAUACUGAGAACAUCGCCAAGCUCAAGGCACCAUAUGGUGUCUUGUUAUUCUUAUAUUCUGUGAUAGCAUGUAAGGGCUUAGAUCAAAUUAAUUUAGAGUCUGAUACUCAAGAUCCAUUUAUAGAUGAAACAUAUGGAUAUGGCAGUCAAAAUAUGAUAAAUCUGAUGAUUACAGGAAGGGCAACUACUUAUGUUUGGGAUCAUGACCAAGAUGUUGGGGGAUUGAAGUUAAAAGGUAUUGAGAAACAAAGUGAGAUUGGCUUCAUAACAAUUAUGGAAUAUCACAGGUAUUGUACAGUUGGAUCUUUUUACAAAAAUCCUAUCCAUCCUGUAUGGGUGCUUGCAUCAGACACACAUUUGACAGUUCUGUUUAGCGAAGAGAGGCGGCUGGUUAGUCCAGAAACAAAAUGUGAACAGGCGAAACGAGUGUUCAAAAGAUUCGACCCGUAUGGAAACAAUUUUAUCAGUGCUGACAAGCUACAGGAUGUUCUAAACGCUUUGGAUCUCGUCAGCGAACCCGAGUAUGUUAACAUCAUGAAGAAAAAGUUGGACAACGAGAAUCUCGGUAUUAUACUUAUGAACGCAUUUCUUGACGAAUUUUUCCCAAGAGAGGAAUCAUCUACACCUGACAUGUUUACUCUGAUACACUACAAUGGUUUGCCGCAGAGCAACAUGAAUGGACAAGUCCAAUUUCACAUAGGAUCAGCGAUACUUCUGGAAUCGGACAUAAAAUCUGUGUGUGAAUCAAAUUCGAUGCUGACUAUUUUGCAGACGAAAUGGCCAAAUAUAGAAGUCACAUGGGGUGAUAAUAUAAUUCCUUCUGUAAAUUGAAGCUUUCACAAGAUUUUCUCUGCAUUUAUUUCGUACUACAAACUACAUAUUUUUUAUGUAUUAUUCUUGUGUAGAUCCUCCACUUGGAACCUUGAAGCAUUGAUACACUUUACUCUAUCUGUAGUCUCAGCAUGUGAAGCUUUUUUGUAAUUUAAUUCAAAUAACACAAUUUGCUCAGUGGAAGGAUAGCGAUUUGGUUGUUUUUUGUUUGUUUGAAGUCAUACAUUGAACUUUGAUAAAUUUUUGUAAGUACAAAUAUAACAAGAUUUGAAUUAUAUGAAACAAUAGUUGAAUGUAAAUUUUGUUAUAACUGCUUGUAAUCUAAGGAUAUGUAAUUAACCUUUUGUUUUAUUAAACUUUUCUUUUUUAAUUAAGUUUCGCCAUGUUACAUUUCCUGGGAACAAACAAGUUAGAGCAAGUCAUUUUCUGCUAUGAGGAAUUUUAUUGAUGUUGAUGGAGGUUCAAGAAAGUACUAGGCACAAAACAUGUGGAAUUUGACCGCCAGUGAAUUUUGAUAAAAAUUGUAAUACUAAUAGUUCAUGUUGUGGUGAUCAGAUGUUCCAAUGGGCCCAAGGCCCAGAAAUGCUUUCUGUUGGAGAUACACAGUGUUGAAGUUUGGUGCCUUAGCCCCUGCUAUAAGGUUGACUACACCGAAUAACGAAAACUUACUCGUCUCUAUUGUAGGUUUAAUGACAUAAUAAAAAUUACACCAACACAUAC